AUGGUAGAUUGGUCCCGGUGGAAGACCCACCCCUAUUAUGCUCUCGUUAUCUUCAUUAUCGCUUGUGGGAGUAUACCCAAAGGUUAUGACGAAGGUGGCUUCAGCGCUAGCGUGAAAUUGGAAUCUUUCAAAGAAGACUACAACCUCAUCGCAUCCAAUUGGACCGACGACAAGACGGGGCUUGCGAACCGCAGUGCUAAUAUCACCUCUUUUAAUGUCCUGGGGGCGGCCUUCGGCGCACUCUUCGCCUUGGACCUGAACGACCGAUUCGGCAGAUUAAACUCAUGGCGCUUCGCUUGUCUGGUAUGGGCGUCGGGCCUGUUCAUCCAGGUCUUCUCGUCGGGCAUAUAUGGCCUUUUGCUGUUCGCGAGAAUCUGGAGUGGUCUGGGAGCUGGAGCUCUGACCGUGACGACACCGCUAUAUUUGUCUGAGAUUGCCCCCGCAAGAACUAGAGGACUUGUGGUUAGCUGCUACAUGGUUAUCUUGCUGGCCGUUUUAGCUAUGGGCUUCUUUAUUAAUUACGGCGCCAACCAACACAUGGCCCCGACCCGGAAACAGUACCGACUGGUACAAUCCAUCCCCCUAAUCCCAGUUGGACUCGCCAUGAUAGCCUCCUACAUUGUGCCAGAAACACCCCGCUACCUAGUUUCCAAACAAAAACACGCUGAAGGCCGCGCAGUACUCGCGCGCCUCCGCGGCAAAGACAUCAACGACCCGGAACUUGAAGCCGAAUUUGCCCUAAUCGACUCACAGGUACGUGCCAAAGCCAGCGACCUCGCCUCCGUCACCCCCUGGACAGCUUUCAAAGAAACGCAAACCAACCCCAACUACCGCCAGCGCUUCUGGCUCCUCAUCGUGAUGCACACAAUCGCCCAAUGGACCGGCGGCAACGGCAUCACCUAUUACAUCUCGACGAUCUUCCAGUACGCCGGCGUAACGGGCGGCUCAACCUCGCUGAUCAGCUCCGGCGCUUACGGCAUUGUCAAGCUGGUCUUCACGAUGGCCUUCACCUGGGGGCUAAUCGACCUGUUCGGCCGCCGCCGUUGCGCCUUGGCGGGUCUCAGUCUCCAGCUAGCGGCCCACAUUUACAUGGGCGCCUAUAUGGGUCUUCAACCCGGCUCUUCCGACAACAAAUCCGCGUCCGACGCGGCCAUCGCCUCCGUCUUCGUUUACGCCGUCGGCUGGUCCGUCGGCCUCUGUACCAUCCCUUACCUUUACGGAACGGAGAUCUUCCCCACCCGUGUCCGGAACGUGAGUUAUGCGGUCAGCAUGUCGCUGCACUGGUUUUUCCAGUUUGCCGUUGUCCGCGUCACGCCUAAUAUGUUUGCCUCGUUGAAUGUGUGGGGCGCCUAUCUCUUCUGGGCUAUCAUCUGUACCCUUGGUUUAGUUAUCCUGGGUAUCUGGAUGCCAGAGACUAAGGGUGUGCCAAUCGAGCGCAUGGGUGAUCUUUUCGAUACCCCGUGGUACCUGCGUUGGCGUGCCCGGCCCAAGGCCGAUGACUCGCCUGAGACGGCUCCUAGUGUCUCUUCUAGCACGGAUGCCAAGCAGGCAAAGUACAAGAAUACGUCUUUGUAA